AUGUGUGCUGAUCGGUCCCGGUCCCCGCGCCGCCGAGACGAGGUGUGGGUGCAUCAGCAUGGGCAAAAGGCCAUCCGCAUAUCGAUCGAUGAGCUGGAAGAACCCAAAGAUGCCAUGAGUAUCUUGAAAGCCGCGAAGCAACACAUGUCAUUGACCAUCGGGAUCGACAGAUUGUCACUGUUCACAGAUGCAAGCCGCUCAGAGCCGAUAGAUGAUACAAUUUCAGUUGACGUUAUUCUGCGUGGUACACGCGAAGCACCACUCUUCCUUCACCACGUUGAACCCAAAGCAGAUUCAGACAAAGAUGCAGUUUCGCAGCAGCUUGCUGAGCUUGUCGUUGGGCAGAAAGCCCUUGCCGACGGCCAGAAAGCCCUUAUCAAUGCCGCCCAGAAGGCGACGGAAAUAUCCCAGGCUGCAUUUCGUGUGAUGAUGACUCCCAGACUGAGCACUACGCAUGAUCGCGAUCCUGACUUCAGAAAUGCGGUCUACUGCUACCAGUCUCGCUAUGUGGCCAUGAACCAGUGCAUCGUUUUGAGCCAGAGAUUUCCAUUGACGGCCCAGCGCUCCGGGUUUACCCCGACGAUCGCAGACCAUAUUCUCCCGCACUGCGAGACAUCAAUGUUCUCUGAGCUGCAGAUGGACCGAGAUGAUGCGCGUAAUGGUCUGCCAUUGCUGGAUCACAUCGAAGAGCUGUAUGGCAGGGGCUUAAUCUCAUUUAUGCCUGAAUCCAGCCAAGGACCGCAAUUGCAGCUGCGCAUGCUGGUCGCGCAACGCAUACAAGACCAGUACCUGCAAUGCCACGUGAACAGGCAUGCUCAGUGGGUUCAAUUGUGUUCUGAGGAAGCAAUGCAAUCGCAGCAGUAUCCUUGUGCUGUACAGCUCAGUGCGUUGCAUAACUUUUGUUUCAAUGUCCGUACAAUCUUCUUGCGAAGUCUCUUCUUAAGAGCAAAUGCUGCGCACAAGGUCAGCCAGGACUUGCCAGACCCAUGUGCCGCUCCGGAGAAGUUUGAAGAUUGCCCUUCUUUGCAGGCAAAGCUAGAAGCGUUCUUUGUCAGCCAGGGGGAAGGUGCAGGAAGCAUCGACCCCCCAGACUGCGAGCAAGACUGA